CGCAGUAAAAUGCAUCGAGGAGAUAUACUCGCAGAAAUAGCUUUUGUGGUGUUGUACAGCCAACCCAUCCGAGAGUAAAGUACAGCUCAACAAAGGUCAACACAACAUUAUAAAUAUUAGACCAUCUGUGGGGAGAACAUUAGUAAGUCAGCUUCGGCUGAAGACCAUCACGCUGUUUCUAGAUUGGAUAACACUGAGGAACAUCGGCACAAAUGAAGUCCAAGAAAGGUCUGACAACACUAGAGAAGAGCCUGAUCUUCCUAUUUGUAGCCCUGACGGCAGUUACUAUUGGACUAGUUGUGGUAUUUGUCAUUGAGAAGAACAACUCAAGUCCAAGAGAGGACGAGAUCGAUACGGGAUGUGGGAGUCUGCAGGAGCUGACGGCUUCCUCGGGGGAAUUUUCCAGUGGGAAUUACCCCAGCAGUUACGACAAUGGCAUGAGCUGCAGUUGGCACAUCACGGUAGAAGCCAAUAAGGUGAUCCAUCUGUGGUUUGAAGACUUCUCUAUAGAAGACUCCAAUACAUGUGAGGCCGACUCCGUCACUCUCAAGGAUGAACUCGGCACCAUUGGGAAGUACUGUGGCUAUUCAACGCCUAAACCAAUAGUCGCCUUAGGAAACCGCAUUUUUGUGUACUUUGACACCAACGACAGACACACAGAGAAGGGAUUCAAAGCCCUGUACCGCGCUGUGGCCCCUGAGACUGCAUCAGAAAUAGUUGGGGCUGGUGGUGUUCUUCAAGGUGACCGUGGGGAGCUGUUGACCCCUGGCUUUCCCGCACAAAACUAUGAGAAUGGCGCACUCUACCAGUGGAUGAUACGCGUGCCUGAUUGGGAAAAGGUCCGGCUAACAUUCACAGCUUUUGACCUUGUCCCAGAAUCAUGUGGUGACUUUGUGGAUGUCUAUGAUGACGCUUCAGGUGGUGCCACUCAACUGGGUCGUUUCUGUGGAAACAAGAUCCCGGCUCCGGUGUUGUCUAGUGGCAGUAGUAUGGUGGUUCGCUUCAAGUCUGAUUCGAGCGGGACUGCUAAAGGCUUCAGUGCAACCUACACCAUAGCAAGUGCCCCACCGAUUACAACCACACCAACAACCACCACCAAAACCACAACCACUGGACCAACAACCACCACACAUGCCCCAGAAGACUCUGGCUGUGGGUCCCCUGGGAAGCUGUUCGGACGUAAAGGUCAGAUAAACUCCAAGAACUAUCCUCAGGCUUAUCCUGCAAACUUGAGCUGCUCUUGGGACAUCACAGUGGACGAGGGCUUUCUUGUCAAACUGCACAUCACCGAUCUGGCCACCGUGGGUGAAGCGGGCCAAUGCGGCAAAGACAAACUCACCGUCAUCGAUAGUCAGCAGUCACUGGGCACACACUGCGGGUUUGUUCUUCCCCCAGUUCUAAUCAGUGUCAGUAACAACAUGUCGCUGAGUUUCCAGUCAGAUGCGCGGCUAGCCGACCGUGGCUUCUCUGCCACAUGGGAAGCUGUGUAUCCAGAGGACCUUUCUGAUAUCCAGGGAUGUGGAGGUUUCUCACAGGAGGAGACAGGCAUCAUCAAAUCUCAAAACUGGCCCAUGAACUAUCCGGCUAACAGCAUGUGUCUAUGGACCAUACGCCAUCCGAAGGGGAAGACCAUUAAAUUGACGUUCACUGAUUUUGACGUGGAAGAGGCUGGCAUCCUUUUCGGCCAGUGCAAUGACAAGGUGGUCGUCUACGACGGGACACGACCUGGAGCAAAAAAAUACGGCCCCUUCUGCGGCUCCACAACGCCUGCUGUCAUCGAAAGCACAACAAAUGAACUUGUGAUACGUUUCCAUGCCGACUUUUUCAUUGAGGGAAAAGGUUUCCGUGCUCACUGGACUACCGAUUCUACCUUACCUACCCCUACCGAACCUCCGGUGCCACCCAACCCAUGGGACGACAUCACGAUAGACUGGCCUGAGAACUGUGGGAAGCCCGCGAUCCCUCCCGCUGUCAACACUCGCAUAGUCAACGGAGAACCUGCCAAUCCUCACUCCUGGCCAUGGCAAGUGUCCAUGCAGGUUUGGCGUGACGCAGAGCCUUCACCUAAGUUGGGUCAUACAUGUGGUGGAACGCUUAUCCAUAAGAACUGGGUCCUGACAGCUGCUCACUGCUUCAUCAGGUAUGCCGAUGAGCUGCAGCGCUGGAAAAUGUGUUUAGGGAAACACAACCUGACCUUCUCUGAGCCAAGCGAGCAGUGCUUUAACGUGCUUGGCAUCUAUCGCCACGAGGGCUUCCAGUACCCAACUGUGCCAACUGUGGAGUUUGAUAUCGCCCUGGUGCGACUGGAUGGAGAGGUCACACCCACCGACUACAUUCAUUUCGCCUGUCUGCCUUCAGUUGAGGAGGUCCUGCCCGCGGGCAAAAGAUGCUACGCCACCGGCUGGGGAGACGAAACAGGUAACUCCACUGCUCCUAAAGUCGCUGAGGCGUUGAACCAGGUGGCCCUGCCGGUAGUGCCGUACGACACCUGUAAACGCAUGGACUACUGGUGGUUCCAGGUCAAGACCUCCAUGAUCUGCUGCGGCUACACUUUACCUGAUGAGCUCAAGUCUGUAUGCCAGGGUGACUCGGGUGGACCCCUGGUAUGCCAAGACAGCCCCUCUGCCCCUUGGGAGGUGCAUGGCAUCACUAGUUUUGGUCCAAUCGGCUGUGUCUUUGAAAAGAAGCCCAGCGUCUUCACUCGUUCCUCUGCCUACCUGCCCUGGAUUGAGAACAUCAUUCGCAAAGACAUCUAUGACCUCAUCGGUUCUGGUUGUGGCGGACUGAAGGAUCUGGUUGGCUCGGAAGGCAUGCUGGCAUCAAUGGAUCAUCCAUAUAGUUACAGUAACAGAGCUUCCUGCCGAUGGAAUAUCCGUGUGCCCACAGGAAAAAACAUCUUCCUUCACUUUAGCAACUUCUCCCUGGAGGAGACCACACUUUGCCUCAAUGACAAAGUCACUCUCAGUGAUAACAUUGGGACUUUAGGUACCCACUGCAGCACAUCUCCUCCGAGAGAUCUAGUCACGGCUGGUGACACACUGACUAUCAGUUUCUCCUCCAAUGACAAAAUUGUGGACUCAGGGUUCAGUGCCGCAUGGAAAGCAGUGGAUCCUACUGACAUAGAGACUGCUUUUGGUUGCGGUGGGCUCUUCACCAGUCAAAAGGGGGAGCUCCAAUCACCCAACUGGCCCAAUGAGUACCCAAGCCAAGCGGUGUGCACCUGGACUAUCCACAUCCCCUCAGCCACUGGAAUCCAUAUCGUCUUCACUCACUUUGAACUGCAGGCUGUUAAUUUGCUGGUCCAGUGUGUGGAUUAUGUGGAGGUCUUUGAUGCUGCUGGGUCAUCACAAGGCAAAUUUUGUGGCUCUAUCCCACCAUCUUUAACUGUCAAUGGGGACAAGGCCACCAUCCGCUUCCUCAGUAAUGAUGCUAACCAGGAAAAGGGGUUCCAAGGACACUGGACCACCAAUCCUGCUGUUUUUUCUAAAAAACACAACUAAAGUGGGAAAGUUGUGCGACUGACUGUACAUUUUUGUCAGAUAUGUUGUAGUUUUGGGUAAAAUCAUACCCGGCCUAUUGACAAGUCAUGAAUUAAAUAUUUACCAUAUUAUAUUCUGUGUAACUAUUUUAGUUUGUGUCAGUGUUUAUUAAAAACGUCCAUUAUGAUGAGCCUUAUUGUGGUCAAGAGGGUGGUUAGAUAAUGUUGGCUAGCCAAUCAUUUUCACUUCUGGAACCCGACUGUUGCACUCUAUGAAGACCUCACCAAUGUCAUCGCCCUGAUGCGAUUGGCCAAAACGGUUACCCAAGAUCAGACCCAAACCCGAGUCUGCCAGCGAUGUUGGUUACGUAACAGGCAUGGGGAAUGAGAGAGGUCAGAGGAAUAAUGACCUGUUCAUCUGAGUUUAUUGAUUUAGUUGAGCAUCUGUUGUCAUUUGUUCUAGUUGCUAUUCAGUGAUUAGUGAGCAUCAGAGAAUAUUAAUGAUGCAUUUGUUGUGACGGUGAUUAAGAUGCAAAUGCUGGGCUAUACUGUGCCCUUUGACCUUGAAGAAAACCCUUCUGAAAUUUCAAGCAGUACUUGGACUAAUAACUAUUAAUCAUGUGUAUUUAUUUCACUUAUGUAUUUGAAUUGAAUAUAACAUUUCCAUCCAUUUGUAUUACAGUUUUAACAAAAACAAUUAAACUUGAUGCAUAAUUGUCA